AUGUCCCCCACCAAAAAGGCGAGUUUUAUACUUUCUCCUCUAGUCAGCCUGAUUGUCGGCCGGAAACAGCGCAUGUUCGUCGCGCACGAAGACGUUCUGUCCCGAUCUCCGUUCUUCAACGCUGUGCUUAAGGACCAAUUCGUAGGAGACAACCCGGAGAAAGUGAUAGCCUUACCAGAGGAAGAGCCUGAAAUUCUUUCCUGUGUCCUCGAGUUCCUCUACAAAGGCGACUACUACCCACGGCUGGUACACAACAAAGCCCAAGAUGUUUGGGAGCUGGAGGGCGCCAAACAGGAUUACAGUACCCCCGACGGCAGCCGUAGCAGGUCGAGCGAGGCCACAUUCUUUCACCCCGGGGCUGGCGGUCUCGUCCUCAGAGACACGGCCGUGUACUGUGCAGCGGAGAAAUACGGACUGGGCGAGCUCAAGCGCCUUGCUCUCCGCAAGCAGGGUCUUCAGAGCGGUAUCCCCAUUGAUGUGAUCCUCCGGUCUGCACGGUAUGCUUACGAUAACACGCCUGAUUCCGAAUACCGACUACGCGCUCAUUAUCUGGCAAUGAUCAUCCGAACUCGCCAUAUCUUCAAGGAUAGCGGAACGAUGCAGUUUGAAAUGGAGAUGGGACAUCCACUUUUCUUUGAUUUGUUCGUGGCCAUGUGCAACCACCUGGAUGAUCUGGAGGAGAUGAGCAUGAACCAUUAACUUCAGUCCGUCCAUACCCGCGCAGCCAAGCAACAAAACCCAGGAAACCCUAAAAAAAGCACCAGCAUGCACGAUUGACCGAACCAGAUUACCAGCAUAUAAUCACUUCUCUUCCGAGGCGGAACGAUUGGAUUUGAGUUGACACGGUUAACCUUCAACCGUGCCUGUAUCCUUUCUAAUCAACUGUCUUCCUGCAAUGCUU